GUCCACUCCCUCAAGUUUCCUCUAAAAAAAUAAAAAAAAAAGAGCCUUCCAUCGUGGAGAGUCCUGCUCCGGGCGUCACCUUUGAGCUUCCUUUUCCUUGCUCAACUCGCAAGAUUAUAUCGCCAUAGGAGAUCGAUCUUCCGUCUCGCUGGCCCGAGAUGUCUCCCGUUGCCUCGCUGGACCCGCGCGUGCGCGGCAUCAUCGAUGCCGCCGCCGCCGAAGACGGCAUACCCUUCCGGGCGAAGACGGCGCACUUCCACACCACGUGGGCGCGCACUUUUGCCUCGAUGCCGGAGCUCUACAUCCUUCCCGAGUCGCAGGAGGAGGUCGAGAAGGCAGUACGGCUCGCCCGCCGGUGUCGGCGGCGCCUCACCACCGUCGGCCACGCCCACUCGCCUUCGGACUUGACGUGCACGAGCAACUGGCUGGUCAGCCUUGACGGGUUCAAGAAGGUCUUGUCUGUCGACAAGGAGACCGGACUGGUUGUCAUGCAGGCCGGCAUUCGCCUCUGGCAGCUGACAGAGGAGUUGAACAAGCAUGGCCUCUCGUUCCCCGUGCUGGGAAGUGUCAAUGAACAGACCAUCGCCGGCGUCAUCAGCACGGGCACCAGAGGCAGCACCUUGAAGUACGGUCUGCUCUCCGAGGCCGUCGCAUCACUCAAGAUCGUUCUGGCCAAUGGCGAGACGGUGUCAUGUUCCCCCACUGAAAACACUGAUCUCUUCCGCGGCGCCUUGCUGUCGCUCGGCGCCCUCGGCAUCAUCACCGAAGUCAGCUUCAGGGCCGUGCCGGCGUUCAGCCUGAAGUGGCAGCAGACCAUCCAGGCGGAGAGCAUCAUGCUCGAUACCUGGAAGCAGAACAACAAACUGUGGACCCAGUCCGACUUUGUUCGCGUGUGGUGGCUGCCGUACACCAGACGAGCCGUGGUCUGGAGGGCCGACAUCGUUACCAAGGAGGACCUCGAGUCUGGCAGGGAGAAGAACCGAGAUCCGCCAGUCGGUUACUACGACGGGCCCCUCGGCUAUCACAUAUACCACAACCUCCUUUACCUGUCACGUUUCAUUCCACGCAUUCUCCCCUGGGUCGAAUGGUUCGUGUUCGGCAUGCAGUACGGUUUCAACGACGGAUACACGUCGGGGGCCGUGCAGCCCAUGGACAAGGCCCUCUGGAUGAACUGCCUGUACAGCCAGUACGUGAACGAGUGGGCGAUCCCGCUCCACCGCGGCCCCGAGGCCCUGAUGCGCCUCGGGUCCUGGCUCAACAGGCUGCAGCCGGGCGACCCCGACUAUGUCGAUCACGGCAUCCCCUACUCGGCCGAGGGCCUCUACGUCCACUCUCCGGUCGAGGUGCGCGUCUGCGACGCGACCGUCCACACCAGCGCCGAGAAGGGCAACCGGCCGUUCCUCGACAGCACCAUCAAGGACGGCCCGACGCUGAACCUCAACGCCACCAUGUACCGCCCUUACGACCUCGACCCCCCCGGCCUGCGGCGCUGGUUCCAGGGCUUCGAGUGGCUGAUGCGCGACCUGGGCGGCAAGCCGCACUGGGCCAAGAACUUCGACGUGAAGAACGAGGAGUUUGCCAAGUGGUACGGGGACGACUUGGUGCAGUGGCGCCGGGUCCGCGAUGAGGUCGACCCCGACGGCCUCUUCGUCGGCCCCUGGCACCGCCAAUUUGUCCUGGACCCCGCCACUCCCCGCCUCCCGUUCGAGGAGGUCGAGAAGACGAGGCACGACGCCGGCAAGGGGGUCACCGUGUACGGCGCCCGUGCGCCACUUGAUGAUAUUGAGAAGGCCGAGAAGGCGUGAAGUACGUAGUAAUGCCGAGACCAUAGAAACCUGGUUACACAGCCAAUCUUGUUACGGCGAACGGCGUAAGCAGUUAGACAAUCAACAGCGUGCAUCUUUGACCUUAUCCGAAACCAUGCAAGUUCUCAGCGGGAUGGGAAUAGUGAAGUGAAGGCCCGGGGCUAGAGAGACAUUGACCGCGGUCGGGUUUGAUGACACUCCUCCUCAGAUAGACGAGGACCGCCGAUCUCAACCUCGCAACGGCUCGGACUGCAACAAAUCUGGCUAGUCGUCUUCUUGGUGUUUGCUUUUUUUUUUUUUUCCCUUUCUCCCU